AUGAGCAGCAUCACCUCCCCUCGCAAGACCAUCGACAUAACCCGCUCACCCUCAGAAUUCGACAUCGACGAUGAAACAGGCUUCAUGCCUCACCAACCACUUCCCAAGCUUCCAUCCAAAUACGCCAUAUGGGAGCUAGCCUUAUCCAACGCGUCCGAGGCCCUAGUCUUGGGUACAGACGAUGGAGACGAUGCCAUGAACAAACGGCAUAAGGGAGAAGCCUGGAGAUCCAAUAUCAAAUCGUGGCUCGUUCUCGACGUAGUCGAUCUGCAAUCCGACAAGUUGUUGCUUCAGAGAGCGCAUCACGUCCUCGCGUAUCUACUGCACUACUUUGUGCACUCCAUCCCAUCUGAGGACGCGUCUGCGGUUCACGUACCCGAAUCUCUCGCUGUUCCGCUUGUAGAAGUGUCCCGCCUCCUUGGAAUUGCACCUGUCCUUACCUAUGCCGACACGGUGCUAUGGAACUGGGAACUCAUAAAUCCCGCGCAGCAACUCUCCAUAGAGAACAUGCGAGUGUUGGACGUGUUUUCAGGCACUGACGACGAGCGGUUCUUUCACUCCGUCAACUAUACGGUAGAGCUUCGAGGCGUAGAAGCGUUGCACAUCAUAGACGAGUACAACCGGCUCCCCAAUCUAGCCACGUAUAUCGCCACAUCCAAAGUCGCUAGGGAUUUGGAUCGGUUGACGGGAAUAAUAGAAGAUAUCAGCGACAUCAUACAGUCGGUGCAGCCAUUAUGUGAUCCGCACGUCUUCUAUUGGGAGAUUCGACCAUGGUUUUGCGGAAGCGACGCCAGUGGUCCAGAUGCAACGGGGUGGAUAUACGACGGUGUGCCGGACUGCCAUCUUCUAGACCUGAGCGGCCCGUCGGGCGGACAAAGCGCGCUCAUGCACGCGCUGGACGUUUUUCUCAACAUCGACUUUUCACUACGCGAAAAGCGACUCCCAGCUCCUUCGGAACAGAACAAGGGCGGUGACGGCGGAUUCAUGAAGAGGAUGAGACGUUAUAUGCCCGGACAGCACAGGGACUAUUUGCUGCAUCUGGCCGACACUCCGAGAUCGGUGAGGGAGUUGGCGCGGAACACACCAUCGCUUCGCGAGCCGUACGAUGCAGCGGUCAUGGCUCUAAAAAAGCUCAGAGAUCUACAUAUGCGAAUUGUCUGCCGGUACAUUGUCAAUAUGUCACGGACGAAAAGAGAAAUCCCGGCGGGUUGUCCGGUCAGCGCGAUGAUGGACAGGAUGGACAGACAGAAGAGCCAGAAUUCGGACCAGGCAGCAGUCCGAGGUACAGGUGGCAACGAGGUGUCGCGCCUCUUGAAGGCAACACGAGACGCUACCCGACGCGCCAUGUUGAAGGAUAACAUUUAG